CUUAUUAUCAAAGAAUUUGAGAACUUGCAAUCUUUAUGAGCAGCAAGUUCUCGAAGAGAUGGCAGUGCUGUGCCUGUGCGCCUGUGUCACACGGGUGCUGUGACAACUCGCAGAACAGAGCUGAGACCUUGUGCUCCUGCAGCCGGGGACGCUGCACCUGAGGGGCCGGCGGGGACAGAGCUGUGCUCGCCCCGGUGUCGGUGCCACCCCCGCCAGCGCUGCGAGCGCCCCGGGCACGGGCGGGAGCCGUGCCCGGCCCCUCGGCGCUGUGCCGGUGCUCCCGCCCGCCGGGCCCGCCCCCGCCGCUAAAGCGACGUGUCCGGGGCAGCGCCGGCCGCCUCCGCCUGCCCGGGGCUCCUCGGGCCGGGGCAGGCUGGGCCCCUCGCCCGCUCCUGCUGACAGCCUGCCUCGCUCCGAGGACACGCAGCGCUCCCUCCCUGUAGCCCCCGCAGCCCUUCCUGGCUUCCCCUGGGUCUCGGCCGCCUUGCCCCUUGGGCCCCAGGCGCCUUCUCAGCAGCGGGUGGAGUGGUAAGUCACAGAAGAGGGAUGCCAGCCCUGGUAGAUGGCUGCCCAGGGUGUUAAAUGUGUUGGUAUUUGGCUGCUCUCUUUGGUUUCUCUUGACCACUCCAGUCUGUUGCUCCUUGCACACUGAUAACACCUUCCUGGCUCUCCCAGGAGCUGAGCUGGGGCUCUCUAAGGUUACUUCUGCAGAUUACAGCAGUGGCAGUCUAAGAACAAACCUGCCAGCUAGGCACCUUGUUAUCCCAUUAUACCUCAUUUGCUUUUGCCCAGCCUACAGUUUUAAAGACUACUUUGCUCUCACAGUUUGCUGAAGCUUCCUUUCUCUUGGAUCUUCUUCCAACUUUCUCUCCUGGCUGUCUCCAUGAGCCCCCCUCUUCACCAAGUCCUGGGGGCUGUUUUGUUGCAAACAGCAGCGCUCCCCAGGAGUGCUGCGUGUGCUUGGGCAGGGAAGCUCCCACUCUGUGCUCUGCUGUAGCUGUGCCUUUUCUGCCAAGUGAGUUACACAAAGGGUCCAGAACAAACCUGAUGCUUGCCUUUGGACCUGUUUUCUCUCUGAAGAUGUCUCCAUCACACACUCUGAAGUGUGUCUCCAGCAUUUUUUUAGGCUCCCACAACACAAGCUGCUUGGUGCUGUCUUUCAGCUGUCAUCCCUGGGUGCUACCUAACCCAGCUACUUUGUGAAUUCCUGUCCUGUUUGGUCAAGUUGCCUCUUUGGUAGUAAGGAACCUGGGGAUGGCCAGGAUGUCCUCACAGGCAGAGAAAUGAGUCACUGUGCAAGCCCAGCAGCUGAACAUGGCUUUAAAGAAAUGAGAAACGAGACAGGAGGUGUUUACCACAGCACAGCUGGGACCUGCUGGACACAGCCACCACCUGCUCCAGCUAAGGCUGAGGUUGUCCUGGGACAGUCUCACAUCUGGGGCUAGGUUUUUUGUUCUUCUUUUUCCUUCAGUUUUUAUUGGCUCACCAGCUCUCAAACUGCUCCUACACAAUAGUAUCGGCAUAAAAAUGUAUCUUGUUUACACCAAACCUUUGUAUGACUACAGGAACUGGAAGACUGUGGAAAGAACAUAUUAUGGGAAUGUCUCUUAGUAACACUGAUCAUUGGUGAUAGAGGCAGGGUUGCUGUGGUGCUGUUGUCUUCAGAUGUAGUGUGGGCACAGAAUAUGGGCUGAGGGAGGCAAAAUAUCAGUGCUGUCACCUAAUGCAGAGGAAGGAACGUUGCUGUGUCUUUUUGAGUAACUUGGAAAAUAGCCUGCUCUGCUGCUGUUGAUCUGGGGCAGUACCUGCAGUUAAGCCCUGCCAUUAUUGGAUUGUUGUUGGAAGAGGGAAGUGCUUUUUUUUUGUGGGUGUGUGUGGACGGGACUAGCCCACAACACAGAAAUGCUGCAGCUGAAAACACGUGGCUGGCUCGGAGCUUCUCCCUGAGAGUGUGCCAUGUUUCCCUCUAGUGGACUCCUCUCACAGUGGAAACCUGUGCCUACAAAAACCAAUUUAUAGGAGUUCAAGGAGAAAUUACUUUGAGUAAGAUACUGAGGGUCUGUGUAAUACCCCCCUAAGCCAGCACAUGUACAUGGAAGUGGUGCUUGGCUUUAUUAUAAUGUGGGGAAGUGAGGAGCUGGGAUACAGCAGCAUAAGAGAUGAAACAGAGGCAAUGUGUUACCAAACCUCACUGACUGUUGUAUUCUGCAUAUUUCUUGAGCUGUGGUUCACUUUUCUACAGAAAGACUGAAUUGACUUGGAGACCACUUUCUCUUAAGUACAAUGAUAAAAGAAAAACAUCUCUGCUUUGAGGCCUGUUUCUAAGAAAGUAGAGGCAUCUGUUUUUCACCAGCAGCUGAAUAUUGGUGUUAUGUUUUUACAGCACAUUGACAAUUAAUACCAGUCCUUCCAACAAAACAUGAAGACUAAAACCAAAGGAAAGAAACCAAGGCAAACUGUUGACAAAGAAGCGUUCUCUGAAGAGCCAGCAAUGAGAAAAAAGGAACUGGUGAAAUGUUUGAGACGCAGAGAAAGGAGGAAUGGGGGAAACAAGGAGAGCAGCAAGAUGCCCACGGGCAGAGCCAAGCGUGCCUGGAGCAGUAAGGACAGGCUGCUGAGGAGGCUGGAGAGCAACGAGCGCGAGAGGCAGAGAAUGCACAAGCUCAACAACGCCUUCCAGGCCUUGCGGGAGGUGAUCCCUCACGUGAGAGCCGAGAACAAGCUGUCCAAAAUAGAGACUCUCACCCUGGCCAAAAACUACAUCAAGUCCUUGACCUCCAUUAUACUCAAUAUGUCCAACGGACACUUUCCAGCAGUAGAAGGGAUGGGGGGAGCCUGGGGAUCCAAAUUGUACCAGCAUUAUCAACAGCAGCAUGGGGAGGAUGACCAUGAGGAAAAUCUACAGAAAUAUUCCACAUAAAUUCAUAACUUCAGCCAAAACACCAGCUGCCAGCUACUACUGUCAUUGUUUUUCCUUCUUACAUCAUAAUACAUGUCAUUACCUAAAGGUUUAAAGAGGUUAUUUUUGCUGCCAGUCUGUUCUUUUUUUUUUUUU